AUGGUGUCUCAGGGGAUGAGCUCGAUCGUCAAGUGCGCACUGAUCCUCCUCGCUCUCGCCUCGGUCAUCCUCAACGUCGUGCUGAUAUGCCUGAACUCCAGCAGGUUACCCAAAUGCCACAUGCAACCGCAAGAGACGGUGGCGGCCAACCACACGGACCUGGGCUUGAUCUUCGCCGACCUGACGCCUCAGGAGUACCGGGCGGUCCGUGACUACAUGUGGGAUCAGAAAGACUUGAAGAUAUCUCACAGUGCUUUCGCGAAAAAUUCUGAGAACUUCAUCUUUCUCAUCGACCUCGAGCUGCCGAAGAAAGCCGAGGCGCUGGGAUACAUAGACGCUCGGGGAGCCAAACCCGCCAGGGAGGCCAAGGUGGUGGUCUUCUUCGGCGAACGCAACUACCUCAAAGAGUACAUCGUAGGACCUCUGCCUGGUCCACUCCGCUAUCGGGACGUUACGAAAGAGAGGUACAGCACCGACGGUCUUCCUUUCACGGCCAGGCCGGUGACCGUCGGCGAAUACCACCAGCUUUUUACCUUCAUCUAUGUUGAGGUGUUCCCCCUGAUGGAGCAGGAGCUGAAGGAAAGUUUCGGUUACAUCCCGAAUGAGAGGACCCUGAAUCCUUUUGAAGGGAUGCCCAGAGGGUUGAAACGGGACGACCGCAAAACGUGGAUUUCGUUUUUCCACGACGCCAGCGGCAUGUAUAUUCAUCCAGUGGGCUUCGAAAUUUUGGUCAACCAUGAAGACAUAAACUCCUCCAAGUGGACCAUGGACAAGCUCUUGUACAACGGCGUGUAUUUCGACACGAUUACGGACUUUAAGAAGGCGUAUGCGGCCGGCACUCUGGAGAAGAUCGUCUUCAAGAAGACCUUCAAUUACGCGUCGCUGAAACCGAGAAAGAAGCCGACCGGACUGGGGCCGCAUCAGUAUUACCUGCAGGGGAAACGCUUCAGUGUGAAGAACAACCAGGUCGUCUACAUGGACUGGAGCUUCGCCUUCGGUCUGAGCUCGCUGACCGGCAUGAGAGUCUUCGACGUUCGCUUCCGGGGAGAACGGAUCAUCUACGAGCUCAGCGUCCAGGAGGCCAUGUCCAUCUACGGUUCCAACACGCCCGGUAUGAUCCUCACCAAAUUCCUAGACUCCAGCAUCGGCAUCGGGCGCUUCGCCCACGAGCUGGUCCGGGGCGUGGACUGCCCCUACGGAGCCACGUACAUCGACGUCUAUCGCUACAUCGACAUCAACGCCACGCAGCGCUUCAGGAACGCCAUCUGCAUUUUCGAGCACGACGUGGGCCGGCCUCUGCGCCGCCACUUUUCCGACUUCUUCCAGAACAGCUACGGCGGCCUUGCGAACAGCGCCCUGUACUUCCGUACCAUCACCGCCAUCGGGAACUACGACUACAUCUGGGAUUUUAUCUUCUACCAGAGCGGCUCGGUGGAGGCCAGAGUUCACGCCACGGGCUACAUCUCGUCCUCGUACAUGGUACGCGGCAGCCAAGUUUAUGGCCACCAGGUGGCAGAAAACGUGCUCGGAAAUAUUCACACGCACUUCAUAAACUUUAAGGUGGAUCUGGAUAUUCUAGGUGUGAAGAACGUGUUCCAGACCAAAGACAUGACUUACGAGAACGUGAGUAUUCCCUGGUCGGAGAAGCACUUCUCCAAAAUCCCCAAGCUGGUGGAGAAACAGCUGAAGACGGAGCAGGAGGCGGCACUUCGGCAUGGCAGCAAGAUUCCCCGGUACCUGCACGUGGCCAGCAACUGGACCAACCGCUGGGGUCACAACCGCUCGUACAAACUGCAGGUGCUGAGCAUGGCUGGGGACCACCUACCGGAGAGCGAGCCCGAGGAGAGGAGCAUGUCCUGGGCGAGGUAUAAAAUCGCUAUAACGAAGCAUAAAGACGCCGAGCAGACCAGCAGCAGCCUGUACAGUCAGAACUACAUGUGGGAGCCGUUCGUCGAUUUCAGCAAAUUCAUCGAGGAUAACGAGAGCAUCGAUAACGAGGAUCUGGUCGCCUGGGUAACGGCGGGGUUUCUCCACAUCCCUCACACCGAGGACAUCCCCAACACGGUGACGGUGGGGAACGGCGGCUCCGUCCUGAUCCGCCCGCACAAUUACUUCGACGAGGAUCCGUCCAUCCACUCGCCGGACGGCGUUUACUUCGCUCCGGGUUCGGAACUGAACUGCGAGUACAACAAGAUGGCGUGCUUAGAUCAGCACAUGUGUCAGCCGGCGCUGGAGCCAUUCACCUACAGCGGCUUCGAGGGGGUCAUGAAAUUUUUAAAAUAAGUGGUGAUUUUGAGAUUUGUGUUCCUGUUUUAAGUUUUUACACUAACACUGUGCAUAAAUUCAUGUCCUCUAGUUCUGUGGUGUGUGGUUUUGUAUUUUGAAUGUAUAUGUGGUAAAAUAGCAGUUAAGGUUCUGGAUGAGUAAUCAGAAGGCUGUCAGUUCAAGACCCACCACCGCCAAGUUGCCACUGUUAGGCCCCUAAACAAGACCCUCAACUGCUCAGUUUGUGUUCAAUCAUAAUCGUAAAUCACUCUAGAUAAAAGCGCAGGGAACAGAAAAGGGCCUUCCCUAAACUCUUCUUACAAAACUAGAAGCAUGUUAUUUAUUUAAUAUAACUGGUUUUAUACACCUGUUAGGAAUGGGUGUGUCUAAAACACAAAUAUAAUAUGGGUGUGUCCCCCAGAUAUCCCCCAAAAAUUGGGGUGUCCACAUACUUUUGGUCAUAUAAAGUUUCUGUAUAAACGUGUUGGUAAGAAUUAAAAAAUUUAACAAGAAUUUAAUUUGUAAAACUAAAAAAAAAUAUAUAUAUUUCA